GUCUGCUGUCGGAAUUCCGCAGGGGAGCGAACAGCGGCCAGGAGUGCUGGCCCACGUCUCCUGGUCCGUUCAGCCAAGGUUGUGUUGGCUUGCCUCGGGGGCAAGCGAGGCGGGGCGAUGGACAGCAGAGAGACACAGAGGCUCCUGGCGUGGCCCUACCGUGGGCCUGGCAGACGUGAUGAGUCAUGGGGGAACCGUCGUGGUGCGAAACUGCCACAGCAUCGACACCCACGAGAUGAAGUGGGACGUGGGCCGCAACACUGCGUUUUUCUACAAGCAGGAGGGCCUCGAGCGCCCCCCGCCGGCGGACGCGGCGGAGGACGUCUACGUCCCCGACAGGUCGUAGCCAGCAGAGCCCCGUGCGGCGAGCGGCGGGUCCUGGGCUUCGCGGCAGAGCUCGAGACGAAGACUCCCUGAGGCCGAAAAGGCCCCACGAGAGCCAGCUCCACACGCGCCAGGGCGCCCUGGCCCCCGCGGCGGCUCCCGAGGCCGAGGGCCUCGCGGACCGCCGGGACGAGACGUUUCGAGGGCUCCUGCUCAAGAUGAACAGGAACUGCUUGUUGUCCCGCCGCCCGCCGUGCUCGACGCCGGCCGGCCGCGGCCGCGGAGGCUCGGCCUCCUGCCGGGGCACGGCGCCGGCGUUGCGGGAGGCCUCCUCCGCCUGUCCGUCCUCCUCGUCGUCCUCCUCUUCCUCCUCCUCCUGCGUCCUCCUC